CACUGGGAGUGAAGGUGACAACCGUGUGGGAGCAGUGAGGGACCCUGCACCCCAGAACAGAGUCAGACCUUGAAGGCCAUAGGUCGGAAUAACCAGAGGCGGCAUUUCCUGACAUCCGGGUCUCAGAGGGACUGGGGUCCUGGGAUGAGGGGCGGGGCCUCGGGUGGGCAGAGGGGAGACUACAUGCCGCCUGAGUCAAAGUGAGGUCCGUGAGGAGGACGGAGGGGACCCGGGACCCCAGAAAAGAGGCCAUCCCAUCCCACAGAAAAGCGCCCCUGCUCUCAGCCGUCUUGAGGCCCCAGGGCGGGAUGAGCCCACGAGGGGCUCGAGACACCGGGAGGUGUAGGCCUCGGUGUGAGACACGUGUCCUCGGGUCACAGAGCACAGGAGGCCGGCAGUGUCAGGUUCACAGAGGACCGUCCACCAGCAGGAGAGCCCCUGUGAGGCCGAGGGCACCCCUGGAGAGGAGACCAGCCCGUGGGUCCCCAUCUGUCACCCCUGUCCACACUCCUGUCUGCUGCCCGACACCAGUCAUCAUGCCUCUGGUUCAGAUGAGUGAGCUCUCCCAGAGUGAGGAAGACUUUCAAGACCCAAGAGACGCCCAGGGCCUGGUGGAUGCGCAGCUGUUGGAGGCUGUGGAGGAGGGGGCCGCAUCCCCCCGGUCCUCCUCCUCCUCAGUCUCCUCUUCCUACUCUGCCGGUGCCGAGUCCCUGCUCCAAGAUGCACGGCAUUUGAUGAUGACUGACCUGGUGGGCUUCCUGCUCCUCAAGUAUCGCAGGAAGCAGCUGACCACCAGGGCAGAAAUGCUGAGUAUCUUCCUCAGAGAAUACCAGGACCACUUCCCUGCGGUCUUCAGCCAGGCCUCUGAGUGCAUGCAGCUGGUCUUUGGGGUGGAUGUGAAGGAGGUGGACCCCAGGGGGCACUGGUAUGUCUUGGUCCCCACCCUGGGCCUCACCUGUGAUGGGAUGCUGGGCGAUGGGCAGAGCAUGCCCAAGAACGGCCUCCUGGUGAUGCUCCUUUGCAUGAUCCACCUGGAGGGAGAGCGCCUCCCUGAGGAGGAGGUGUGGGGAGCACUGAGCAAGAUGGGGCUGUAUGCUGGGAUGGAGCACUACAUCUAUGGGGAGCCCAGGGAGCUCAUCACCAAAGUGUGGGUGCAGGAGGGGUACCUGGAGUACCAGCAGGUGACCAACAGCGAUCCCGCUCACUACGAGUUCCUGUGGGGCCCCCGGGCCCACGCGGAGAUCAGCAAGUUGCAAGUCCGGGAGUAUCUGCUCAGGGUCAAUCGAAGGGGUCCCAGUUCCUUCCUGGUCCAGGUCCCAGCCCUGUCAGAAGAGGCUGUUAGUGAUGAGGAAGAGGGGGCCUGAGCCAGACUUGCGGCUGGGCUCCUUCCAGGCCCCUGUCCAGCAGCUUCGCCUGCCGGGCAGGAAGUGAGUCCAUCCUUCACUCUGUGUUUGGAGAGCGAGCAGUCAGCCUUCUAAGUGGUGACAGCCCGGGCCUGUUGAGGGACACAGUGUACAGCAUCUCUGGGUUCCUCCUGUCCUUUAUGAUGACAUGGAAAUUGAUCGUUGUUUCCCGUAGGAAAUUUUCAAAUGUCGUUCCUUUUCAUAGAAGACAUAACGAGCUUCAGUGUCUAACUUUGAAUGACGGUGAUCACAAUGUUUGUGUUUUUGUCCAGUUUAAGAGCAAGAGUUUUGCUAUUUUGUAAAAGAGAUUAGGAAAUCUCCCAUUUGUUUUGUGAUCCUGAGCAAAAUAACAUGGAAUUGGAAUUAGAAUGUUUUUGGAAAUGUGAAAGUACUUAGCAGUAUUAUGGAUUGGGGCAAGAAUUAGAAAAAUAAAUGUAAAAGUAGUCUUUUCUUGCUU